GUCCAUGGUUUCCAGAAGAAGCUGUUACAAUCUUCAGUUUGGUAUCUGUGGCUUGGCACAACUUCUGGACUUUGUUUACUGCACCCCUGAGCUUGAAUGAAUUGGUGAUUUGUUCAUCUUCUGAAAAGAAGGAAUUUCUCUUGUUCAACACUUGCACAGAAUCUACUUUAUUUUCAGUUGAGAGUCAGGUGAUCAAGAAACAAUGGGAAGAAGAGAAAGCCCUUCUAAAAGAGGAAAAUGAAGAUUUAACACAAAGUCAACAUCUUCUCAAAGAAGAGGUGGAACACUUAAAAAAUGAGAAUAGAGAAUUAAGAGAAGAAAAGAUGGCAAAAGCUCUAAGCAGUCAAAUGAUAAUUGACUCUUUAGAAGAACUUAUCAGAGAGCAAAAUGAAGAGAACCAGAAUCAGCUGCAGAUAUUGCAGAGUGAGCUCAGAGAUUCCAAAGAACACGAAGAAGCCCAACAAAAACGAAUUUCUGAGCUUGAGCAGCAAGCACUGUUGGCCAAAGAACGGUUGUCGGAUUGCGAAGGAACAAUUAAGACACUGGAGGAAACCAAGUUUCUGCUUAUAAUCGAUGUGAAAACAAUCGAAGGAGAGCUACUGGCUUUGGAAGAUGACGCAAGGGAAACUUCAUUUGUACUCGAAAGUUGUCCAAGGAAGUGAGAGACUGGAGAACGAGAGCUGAAGAAAGUGAAGUUGGAUGCUCCUUAUUGGCAGAAAAGGUAUGCUUUUAAAAUCAACACAAUUAUUUGACACAUGGAACAUCUUAAUAAAAACAAAAUUUUAAUAAAAACGUUUUUCGGAUGGGAUUCGAACAAA